AUGACCGAACAAAACAUAACCCCGAACGGGGCCACCGUGCCCACCUUCUGUAAGCGCUGUAGCACAAACUCCUCCGUAAUAAACCUCCGAACAGAACACCUCUGCAGCGAUUGCUUCGACAAAUACGUCCGUUCGAAAUGCAUAAAACGCAUGGAAGCCUACCGCGUUCGUUAUAACCCUCCAGACACCGACACCUCCCCUCGACGUCUCCUGCUCCCUCUCUCGUUCGGGAUAUCCUCAACAACUCUGCUGCACCUCCUCAACUCACAGCUCCAAAACCAACUCGCGCGCACAACACGCACUGGGUUUGUGCUCAUAGUCGUGCAUAUUGAUGAGAGCGCCAUAAACCCCACCGUCCCGCUAGCGGAGGAGGGUAUGCGGGCAGUGCAGGAGUGGUUUCCGGACGUGGGAGAGUACUUUAUCGUAAGGUUAGAAGGAAUUUACGGGUUCUCCAACGCCGUGAAGGCUUUCGAAAUGGGCGUAGAGGAGGAGGAGAGACGGGGAGGAGGAGAUUGGAGGGAGAAAUUAAAAGGCUUACUGGGCGCAUUGCCAUCGCCUACUUCCCGCAUGGACCUCCUCCAGAUCCUUAGGACGAGACUCAUCACCGAGCUCGCGCGGAAGUACGCUUGCGAAGCGGUCCUCUGGGGAGAUACUACUACCCGCCUUGCAGAGAAGAUGCUCGCGGAAACCGCUAAGGGGCGGGGGUUCUCCGUCCCCUGGCAAACGUCUGACGGCGAUUCCCCCUACGGCGUCAAGUUCUUGUAUCCGCUCAGGGAUCUGCUAAAGAAGGAAUUGGUGGUCUAUGUGUCGCUGGAAGUGCCCACCCCGCUACGCCCGCUAUGCUUUGGGGCGGCGGAGGAGGGGGAGGGGAAGAAGAAGCAUGCUGCCGUUGGGAAGGGGAUUACCAUCGAUGAGCUCAUGACACAGUAUUUUGAGGGGAUUGAGGGGCAGUAUCCGUCCAUUGUUGCGAAUGUUGUGCGGACGGCGGGGAAGUUGGUUACAGAGGGGGGUGUGGUUAGGAUUGGCAGGUGUAAUAUUUGUGGGCUUCCCAGAGAUGGUGGUGGCGGGGAGUUGGUACUUGACGCCAAGACGAAGCUUGGGGAGAGUUCUAGUGGAGAGGUGAACGGGAACAGAAGUGGAGGAAAAAAGGAAGGGGGUGACAUGUGUUAUGGGUGCGCGAGGUCGGUACAUGGUGCCAGGCCAUACGAAUGGCCGUUAUGAUUAUGCCGCCACAGUAGAGUUUCAUUCAUGGGCCUUUUGUCAUUCAAUGUAAUAUCAUACAGUGCUGUCA